AUGAAUAGAGAGGAUUUCAUCAAUUUCUCUGGUUUUACUCAACCGGGGCGAAUCAGCCUCCCUAGGGCAUCAACUUCAAGCACAGGCUCAGCCUCCGGAGACUCCAACGCCCAAGAAGGCUUGCUGCCCAUCGCCAACAUCGGGCGUAUCAUGAAGGAGGUGCUGCCGCCGGAGGCCAAGGUGUCGAAGCGCGCCAAGGAGACAAUCCAGGAGUGUGCCACGGAGUUCAUCGGCUUCGUCACCGGCGAGGCCUCGGAGCGGUGCCGGCGGGAGCGUCGCAAGACAGUGAACGGCGACGACAUAUGCCACGCCAUGAGGAGCCUCGGCCUCGACCACUACGCCAGCGCCAUGCACAGGUACCUGCAAAGGUACCGCGAGGGCGAGGAGCUCGCAGCGGCGCUGAACAACCGCGGCAGGUCGCCGCCCCUGCCGGAUGAUGACAUGAUCCAGAUCGACGUCAGGGCCGAGUUGUCCAUCUCCAGGGGCCACGAGAAUCAUGUCAGGAAGUGA